GUACAUAAAAUGGCUCAAAGCAACUGACAAAACUAGGAUGUCUAGCACUCCAAUGAAAGAAACAUUAAACUCUUCUGGUAGAUCUGAAAGUCCGGCAAGUAUUCUGAAGAACCGCAAAAUUACACAGCAUCUCAAGAAUGUUCUCGAGCAAAGUCCGCGUGAUCUACUUGUGCAUCAUGAACUUAGUGUGAACGAAAUGCCAGGAGGGUUGCGGGAAGCAUACAUUAGAGGUCAUUACAGGGAACCACACCAGAAGUUCACCAGUUAUCUGGGCUCUAUCUUUGAGAUACACAAUGAGUCGCUCAAUAUUUGGACGGCUAUUUUGAGCGUGGUGUGUAUCUUCGUAUGGUUCUGGCGUCACUGCAUGGAACGAAGUAUCUUCUCCACUCCUGAGGCGUGGCCCAUUACACUCGUAGCAGGUGCGAUGAUGACCACCCACAUAGCCAGUGCUAAUGCCCACACUAUGUGUCAUCACAGUGUGGAGUAUAGUGGUGUGUUCUACAUGUUUGACUACUUCGGCAUCACCAUCUACCUCUACCUGGCAGCCAUCGCCACCUUCGUCUAUUCUGUCCCUCUCCCAAACACACAGACACUCAUGACUGUCGUGCUGGUGCUAUCGCUGUUCAACUCAGUGGCUUGGCCUGUGUUUUGCUCGCGUGCCUUGGCUGCCUACAGGCGAACCAACGAACUCUCCCAGAGACCCUCUCUCUCCACCCAACUGUUCCUCCUCAACUGCUUCAAUGCCGCCUUCUGUGGACUGUGUGGUCUCAUCAGAGUCUACAAUCUGCCCAUAUGGACAGCAGCCGGCAAAGUGGCGGUUGCAGUGGGAACGAAAGACGACGUGCAACCUGAUAUAGGUGGCUACUGGUACUUGGCCUGGCUCCUAGUCAGUCUGGCCGACCUGGCUGUGUACAAGUUCCACAUCCCAGAGAGUCUUAUCCCUCCCAAAUCCAGAUCCUCCUGGCUGUGGGACAUCUUCCACAGCCACACCAUACACCAUGUACUAGCACUAGGCUCACAUCUCUGUCAUCUGGAGGCACUGGAAACUGAUUGGGAAACGAAACUUCUGCCGGGUCAAAGUGAGGAUAUGCUGUGGGCCCUGCAGAAUGUGUCUACUAUUGCACUCAUAGUGUCGCUGUCCAACUUCAGUGUCAUUUUCGUCCUCGUCGAGAAUUUCUUCACAUUUAUUCGUCAUUUUCGAAAAAUGUCUCACUUGAUGAUGUAGACAAUAUUUUCGCUACAAGUUGCUGUGCAGAUUUGUUUAUUUUGAAUUAAUCCACCGGAAACAGUAACAAAAAUGGUGCUUAUUGCUCUCUGUUUCACAGUUUUUGUUCGAUUUCAAGCGACCUUUGGAUUUAAUUAUAGUAUACUAACUAUAUAGAAGCCUAAGCGUAGCUUUGUCUUUUAGUAUUGAGUCUCGCUGACCUCCAAAAAGCUUGCAAAAAAAGAUUUUUGAUUUCUUGUGACGACAUGAAAAAUUAUGCAUACAUUGAUUUUUUUACAGAAAGAAAGACAGAAUUUUUUUUAUCCAGUAUGUUGAGGCAAAAUUUCAUCAAGAAACAUUUAAAUUUACACUCAAAUGUAUUUAAAUAUCUAUACAAUCGAUUAAACGAAACUGGAUGGGCUAGACUAAAGGCGCAAUAGGCGCCUACUGAAGGUCGGUUCGAUAGCUAACGAGAGUAAAGUUCCUGAAAGAAGGCAAAGGACAUGAAAUGAGAAAAUAAUCUUUAUUAUAAUAAAAUUUGAAUUGAAGCUCUCUUUUUUAGUAACUUUAUUCAGAUCAGAAUCAUGCGUACACGCUAUCACCGACAAUCCUAAAUGUUGCUCCAUUUUUCCUGGAUAAAUCAGCUAAGGAAAAAAAACAUUUCUUAGUUUUUUUGUAAAAUUGAUUUGUAAAUUAUUGUUUUUUGAUUAAGCGAUCGAAAAGAGCGUUAACAAAUCAUAAACGUAUAAUUCAUGCGCACGGUAAGUAUUUUGUGGUCCAUGUGUUUGAAUUUCUCGUCUGAUUCAUAAAGUUCUUUUUGAUGAAUCAGAUUCAUCUCAUUCCUUUUCAGGAGGAAUUUUUUUAACCUCCUCUUAAACCCAUUAAUAACUACUUGGUUUCUGGUAUUCCGAAAAGGCAUUCUAUGUGCAUUGGAUAUAUCGUUCUCAGCUAUUUGGGCCUCUUGUACAGUGCUCAAGUGAACAAGUUUUGUGAAUGUUGUCUCCUUCGACUCGCUUUGUUCCUCACCUGUUUGCUUAUGUCGAGGCCGUGAUUUUUUCAUAUUGCUACUGCGGGUAUAAGGCUCGAAUAAUUCUGACUCCGAUAAUGAUUUUAUGUUAUAAUGUUUUCACGACCUUCUUUUCGAUCGUGUUUUCAGGACUUUUUCGAUAAUGUUUUCAGGACCUUGUUUUUGAUAAUGUUUU